AUUGGCCUUCCGCUUUUUGUGUGUCGCAGUGGAAUUUGGCUGGACUUUAGCGUUUGUGUUGCUAACAGGGGUUUGGGAUUUGCUUAAAUACAAUGGGAAUAGAGGAGGAAACGGACCGCACCGUCUUCAUAAGAAACCUAGAUACUAAAGUGACGGAGGAGCUUUUGUUCGAGUUGUUUUUACAGGCAGGACCUCUUGUCAAAACCAAAAUUCCAAAGGACUCGGAUGGGAGACAGAAGACGUUUGGUUUUGCCGUAUACAAACAUGACGUGUCCGUGCCCUACGCCGUGCAACUACUAAACGGAACCAUGCUGUAUGGGAGAAAUAUCCAUGUGCAGUUCAGAUCAGGCAGCAGUCAUUGCAGCAAUCCAGGGAACUCACAGAAUUCAAGUCCUGCAAGUACCCCAAAUCCCCAUGGCCAGAGAACCCCAGCCCAAUUCAGCUCUCCACCGUAUACUCCUCCACACCAAAUGCAGAGAUCCUUUUCUUCUCCCGAUAAUCUGCAGAAGCAUGCCAUGAUGAACAACAUGAUGUGGCAGACUCACAUGAAGCAAAUGGACCAGUUAAACGGCUCCUUAAAACCUCCACAGCGGCAGACGUUUGGAGGUGGAAAGUCCGCCAGUGGUGACUCACGGCAUCAUGACAAUACUCCCUAUCGGCAUCACGCAUCCCAGAAUAACAGCACUGGCAGAAGCCAGCGCUAUGCGGAGGAGCCGGGCUCUGGCCGUCAUCAGCAACACGGCCACGGCCGAGAGAGCCACCACCACCAUCAUCAACACCAGAGCAACAGGAGUGGCAACCGUCACUAUGACAACAGAGGCGGCAAUAGACCAUAUGAAGAUAGGGGUAGCAACCGUGGCUACCAAGACAAUAGAUGGCAACGAUACUGAGAUGUAAAAAAAAAAAAAAAAUUCUGUACAGACUUAAGUUCUUCAGAUUUGAGGACACUUUUCUAAAGAUGAUGAACUAUGUAGAAAAACAUUACAUAUUGUGUAUACUCAGGUUGUUUGUAAUGAUCCUAUCAGUUUUAAGAUUUAAUAACUCAUGCCUUAGACACAUUUUUUUUAUUAUUUUUAUUUUACUUUUAAGGCAUUUUUUAAAUUUGUACUCUUCUUUUGUGUGAGCUUUUCAUCACAGACGUUGCAGAUAUUUUGUAGGGUGUCAUUUUGUCAUGAGAGCAAGGACAAAAGCUAUAAUUAGUAGUGAUUUUUAGAAUACGAGGGGGGAAAGUAUUAAAAAAAGAAAUUGGGCAGUUUUUUAUGUUAUGCAAAUAAUAUUUAAAUGGUGCUGCCAUAGUUAAAAACAAAAAUCUUCAGGUACUUUGCAAAAAAAGAACAAUAACUUUCAGAUUCCACCAGCACCACUUACUACAACAGGGCACUGACUUUUUCUGAUUGUAACAUCGUCUAACCUUGCUCUUUUCCAGAAUUUUUUUUUACUCUUAUGUGUAAGACUGUUUUAAAAUGAACAUUUGCAUUAUUAUUAUAAAGCCCUUUUCAUUUGACUGCUGCCUUGUCUUUCAUCAGGCUACAACUCAAAUACUUUA